AUGCAGUUCAAGGCUCUCUUCGCCACCCUUGCUCUUGCCUGCGUCGUCAGCGCUCUCCCCGUCGCCGACACAGAAAGUAAGCCGCCCGUGCCCACGGCCACUGGAGGACCAAAGCCCCCCGUCCUCCCCAGCUUGCCACCCAGGCCAACUGUCGUCCCGCCCAAGCCCACCGGUGUCCCCCCUAAGCCAACCUUCGUUCCACCCACUCCCCCCAAGCCACCCGUUCUCCCCAGCUUGCCACCCAAGCCCACUGGUCUCCCUCCCAAGCCAACCUUCGUUCCUCCCAAGCCAAUCGGCGAGCCACCCGCUCCCCCUAAGCCUCCGGUCCUUCCUCCUCUCCCUCCCAAGCCCACUGGCGAGCCACCCACUCCCCCUAAGCCUCCGGUUCUUCCUCCUCUCCCUCCCAAGCCCACUGGAAUUCCUCCCAAGCCUACUGGGAUUCCUCCCAAGCCCACUGGAGUUCCUCCCAAGCCCACCUUCGUCCCACCCACUCCUAAGCCACCCGUCAUCCCUUCCCUCCCGCCGAAGCCAACUGGCCUUCCUCCUAAGCCCACCGGCCUCCCGCCCAGGCCCACCGUCGUUCCUCCCAAGCCCGAGCCCCCCAAGCCCGAGCCCACCGAGGGUGAGGAGUAA